GCCAGUCCGAAUGAUUUCGCUGGUUCUAUUUGGACAGAGCGAUUCAUUCUGUUAUGACGAGGGGACACCAGUGUAGACUAGUCUACGCAACGGCAAAACACUCGAUAGAAAGAAGAGCGGAUUAUAAUUCCUUGUUUUGAAACCCAGAGGGUGGAUAAUCGUGGAUUACUUGGUGAACGCAAGGGGACAUCUGGUGGAACUAGAGCGAUGUCUGUCGCGGGGCUGAAAAAGCAGUUCCACAAAGCCACCCAGAAAGUCAGUGAGAAGGUUGGAGGAGCAGAAGGAACCAAACUUGAUGAUGACUUCCUUCAGAUGGAAAAGAAGGUGGACACCACUGGUAGAGCAGUGCUGGACAUCAUGACCAAAACUACAGAAUACCUACAGCCCAAUCCAGCGUCCAGGGCCAAGCUGAGUCUAAUAGGGACCAUGUCUAAGAUCAGAGGACAGGAGAAGGGGAUGGGUUACCCCCAGGCUGAAACUCUACUGGGUGAGGCCAUGCAGCGCUUUGGACGGGAGCUGGGAGAACAGUCAUGCUUUGGUCUGGCUCUCCUAGAUGCUGGGGAGGCCAUGGGUGAGCUGGGGGAAGUGAAGGAUGCCCUGGAUAUGGAGGUCAAACAGAACUUUAUUGAUCCACUGCAGAACCUACAGGAAAAAGACAUUAAAGAGAUACAGCACCACCUGAAGAAGAUGCAGGGACGCCGCCUGGACUUUGACUAUAAGAAGAAACGUCACGGUAAAGGAGUUCUGGAGGAGGAGAUCAGACAGGCGCUGGAGAAGUUUGAUGAGUCCAAAGAAGUGGCAGAGCAGAGCAUGUUCAACCUGCUGGAGAGU